AUGGCACAGAUUGAAAAGAAUGCUCAUAAUAUGGAAAAGAAGUCAUUGAUAUUGAAUAUACUGGAAAUGGAUGGGGCCCGUGUGCCAGUAGUAUCUAAAGAAAUAUGGGAUAAAAUCUAUAAUUUCCACGCCAGGCCUGACGAUCUUAUGCUGGCAAGUUACCCAAAGUCAGUGUUUUCAGGUACAACCUGGAUGCAGGAAAUUUUAGACAUGAUUCAAAAUGAUGGGGAUGUGGCAAAGUGCAAACGAGCCAACUCUUCAGAGAAACACCCUUUCAUUGAACUGGCAUUUCCCCACAUGGAAAAAUCUGGUUUGGAGAAAGCUAUUGAAAUGCCCUCACCACGAAUGUUAAAAACUCACCUUCCUUCACACCUAAUACCACCAUCUGUCUGGAAACAAAACUGCAAGGUUAUCUAUGUGGCCAGAAAUGCCAAGGAUUGCCUGGUACCUUACUACUACUUUCAUAAGAUGACCUCAUUACUGCCUGACCCUCAGAGCUGGGAAGAAUUUUUUGAAGAUUUCAUGUCUGGGAAACUGUCUUAUGGCUCCUGGUAUGACCACGUGAAAGGAUGGUGGGCUGCAAAGGACAAGCACAGUAUCCUCUACAUCUUCUAUGAAGAUUUAAAAAGGAAUCCAAAACGUGUGAUCCACAAACUACUGGAAUUCUUGGAGAAACCUUUAUCAGAGGAAAUUAUAAAUAAGAUCAUCUACCAUACCUCAUUCGAUGUGAUGAAGGAAAAUCCCAUGGCCAACCACACUUCUUCACCUUCCUACAUAUUUGAUCACACCGUCUCAAAAUUCAUGAGGAAAGGAGUGACCGGAGACUGGAAGAACCAUUUUACUGUGGCCAUGAAUCAGAAAUUUGAUGAGCAUUAUAAGAAGAAGAUGGCAGGGACCACGCUGAACUUCUGCAUAGAGAUCUAAGGGGAAAAAAUUUGGCAGGGACUAUACCAAAUACCCUGCCUUUUAUUAUUUUGGCCAAGGAGGUGUGGACUGAAUCUAAAGUUUAUAAGCAUUCAGUUUCUCUCAACCAGGGGCUUGCUAGUCUGGUGUAAUUCUAGAAUAUGAUUUUAAAUGUUGAUAGAUCUGUUCUUCCAGUAAAUAAGAGGAGUGGAGAGCAGUGGCUGGGGUCAUGGGAAUUCUUUAAAAUAUUGGUGUCUUUUACUGUUAAAUGAUAGAUGUAGUGAGAACAAACAAUUUGUAUGUUCCAGUAACAUAGGUAAUCUAACCUGAAUUGCAUAACAAAAUAAGAGGCAGGUGUUAUAAUCUCCAUUAUUAAGGGUAAAGGCAAUGCAUAUGCUUGGAGCUUUUACCACUAAGCUCCCUACAGGUAGCAUUUAUGUAUAAAAAAUUAACUUACAAGAGAAAAGUGUUGAUACAUAGUUUUUAGAAUCAUACAAUUUGGCUACGUAUAUAAAAACACAUAAAUAAAAUAUUCUGAAACAAAAAGUAAAUCAAUGGGAAAGGAAGUUCACUUUUCUAAAAUUUUAUUUGUAUCUAGCUUUUUAAGCACAUGAGCUCCAUGGGAAUUAUAUGUCCAAAAUGUAAAUAACAAUCACUUAAUUUAUAUGAUCUGUAGGAUGAGAUUUAGGAUGAAAGCAUUGCCAUUUCUCUUCAUAGUGUUUCCUUUGUGUCAUGCUGACAGUAUGAUCUCAGAUUUAUUACAAAUUUAAUGCUUCAACUAUGCUGUAAUGAAGAGGUGACUUUUUAUAUGACCAUGUAAAACUGUUAUUUGAGGAGAAUGGUCCCAUGAGCCUUAGUGACAGGGGUGGCUGACAUCUGGGCAGAUGGCCUUAGAAAGGCACCUGGCCCACUGGAGACAAGGGAUACCUAUUGCUCACUUCUUCUAGGGAGAAGCCUUCCCCCAAAAGUACAAAGGGAGCAUCAGAAGAAGAGAGGAAUUAGAGAGUUUCAAAUUCAAAAAUAAAAUUAGAGAGAUCCAAAAAGGCUUUUCGGUUACCAUCACAAAAGGUGAUCAGGAACAAAACACAGAGAUCAUAAUGCAGAGAACAAACUAAGCUCCUAUAUAUUCUCAGCAUUUGUAAACCAGGGUUAUAUUUUUCUGCCCACACAAAAGGGAACUAGGGAAACAGCUUCUCAUUCUCUAGUGGAUUUUGAGAGGGAAACCAAACUUGAAGUUAUGGAGUAUAUGAUGACAUCUUUAAAUAAGAAAGGAAAGCAACUAGAUCCCUAGGACCUGCUGUCAAGAGGAAGAGAAAAUGAAGAUAGGGAAUCCAAACCAGCUGAGAAGUGGCCCUGCAGAGAAAGGAAGAUCUGUGAAGGUUCCCAUCAGUUGACAUCCCACUGUCUCCAUACAGCCCGGAAACCCAAUUACCUGAAAUAUAACUGUUAAGUCUUGUCUGUGAUCCAGACAAGAUCUAUUACUCCUUAAAGGCAUUGUAAGAAUAAAAGAGAUUCAUUGGUCACCACUUGACUGUCCUCGACUGUCAAUGCACUUAAAGUCUGGGACACAAGACUAGGACAUUUUGAAAUCUGAGAAGUGAGAAGACAUAAUGAAUCAAGAGCUCCAUUGACUGAGGCACCGUCCAAGUCCAAAAGUAGACCUCAGAGGUGGAGGAAAACUAAAGGAAAUGUGACCCCUAUUUGCCUGCCCAGUACUUAUCCUGUAUUAACUAAAAAUCAAUAGAAUUUCCUGCACUCCCUCUUUAGACUCCUUGAAUGUUCAAGAUGAACUAUUUAAAAGAUUUUCUUUACGGAGUGGAUUAUACCUGCACAACUUUCCAGAUAUUAAGGGGCAUAAUAGUGGUAUUCCAGUUGUGUAACAGGGGUUUAUAUACAUGGGGGAAAGCAUUUUGACUACAUAACUCUAAGAAUUGGCAAAAUGUUUGAGAAUCCUUUGGUAAAGGCUCAUA